UUAGCUGGAGACCGGUUCCAUCUUGGUAAAGCGGCCUCAAAAGCGAAGCUUCUUCCCCCAAAAAAGGCCUGGGACAGUUCUGCGCGCAGGAGACGGUCUUUCCCGGGGUGACUCCGCCUGGGGCAGGUGCGGGCUGCCAGGGGCUCAGCUGUGGUCACAUGGACGGGACGGAGACCCGGCAGCGGAGGCCGGAGGAGCUGGGGCUGCCCCCCGCCCUCAGCACAGGGAGAGUCCACGCAGCCUCCGAAGAUGGCCCUCUGGUCGUCCCUGAGAGCCAGAGGGUGACCUCUAAACUGCUGGGGACUGAACUCAGCAAGGAGACGGCCUUGUCCAUUGGCUUUGAGGUGACCGUGCCCUUCAUGUUUGCAGGCCUGGGACUGUCUGGGGCUGGCAUACUUCUGAACUAUUUCCAGGGUGAAGCUUUCAGGGCCUAUGGAAGGCAGUACUUGCUGCACUGGCCCGUGUUUGUGGAGGUUAAAGACCUGUUGACAUUGGUGCCACCCUUGGUGGGCCUGAAGGGGAACCUGGAGAUGACAAUGGCAUCACGACUCUCCACAGCUGCCAACACUGGACAGAUUGAUGACCCCCGGGAGCAGCACCGAGUCAUCAACAGUAACCUCGCCCUCAUUCAGGUGCAGGCCACCGUCGUGGGGCUCCUGGCUGCUGUGGUUGCCCUGCUGCUGGGGGCUGCGUCUCAGGGGGAGCUGGACUUCGCGAAGGUGGAGCUGCUGUGUGCCAGCAGCGUCAUCACUGCCUUCCUCGCGGCCCUUGCUCUGGGGCUGCUGAUGGUCUGUAUAGUGAUUGGUGCUCGGAAGCUCGGGGUCAACCCAGACAACAUCGCCACGCCCAUUGCGGCCAGCCUGGGAGACCUUAUCACGCUGUCCAUCCUGGCUUUCAUCAGCAGCUUCUUCUAUAAAUACAAAGACAGCCGGUUUCUGACUCCCGUGGUCUGCAUCGGCUUCAUGGCCCUGACCCCGGUGUGGGUCCUCAUUGCAAAGCAGAACCCACCCAUCAUGAAGAUCCUAAAGUUCGGGUGGUUCCCAAUCAUCCUAGCAAUGGUGAUUAGCAGUUUCGGAGGGCUCAUCUUGAACAAAACCAUUUCUAAGGAGCAAUACAAAGGCAUGGCCAUAUUCACGCCCAUCAUCUGUGGUGUUGGUGGCAAUCUGGUGGCCAUUCAGACCAGCCGGAUCUCCACCUACCUGCACAUGUGGAGCACCCCUGGGGUCCUGCCCCUCUGGAUGAAAAAAUUCUGGCCCAACCCAUGUUCCACGUUCUGCACUUCAGAAAUUAAUUCCAUGUCAGCCCGAGUUCUGCUCUUUCUGGUGAUUCCAGGCCAUCUGAUUUUCUUCUAUGUUAUCUACCUGGUGGAAGGCCCUUCGGUACCAAACAGCAAGAUCUUUGUGGCAUUCUAUCUGCUAGCAGGCCUGAUUCAGGUGACAAUCCUGCUGUACCUGGCAGAAGUGAUGACUCGGCUGACGUGGCACCAGUCCCUGGAUCCUGACAGCCACUGUAUCCCCUACCUCACUGGGGUCGGGGACCUCCUAGGGACUGGCCUCCUAGCACUGUGCUUUCUUAUCAGUUGGUUAUUGAGGAGCGAAGCAGAGCUGGACGGCAUUUCAGAACUAGCGUCUGGACCUUCCUAAUGAGACCAGGCAGCUCCAGUUAGUCAAUAGAAUGCUCCCUCGCACCAAUGGGGUACAGAAUGCAGUUCCUCCCUGGCUGGGUCCUUAGGUCUCCCUGCCUCGACAGUGGCCUUUUAUCAAUCUGCAAAGGAGACUCACACAUCUUGACCCUGAUGUUGGACCCUUAGGCCACUUUGGAGCCUAAAAUCAGAAGUACUGUCUGUGAGUGUGUGAAUGUGUCUACAUGUGCCCACAUGCUAGAUGAGUAUGUGAAUGAGUGCACGUAUGUGGGGAGGGCAGGGUGCACAGGCUUGAAGAUUCUGAAGGAAGAGACAUGGCAGUGCACUUUGAGGGUGUUUGGCCCUGUUUCAAUCCAAUGCAGCCCUGAUUGGGGAAGAGCAGGAAGAAGAUCCCUUGUGUGCCCAAGUCUCAGGUCAGCCCGAGUCUUGGCUUACCUGCUGGCUCCAGCUCCACAGGCCACUCUGCUGAGAUGCCCUGCAAAUGUGUGCAGCCCUUCCUAGGACAGGGCCCCAUCCACUCCCAGCAUUUACUUUUGCUGCUGCUUUCUUUCCUUUUUUCUUUUUUUUUUAAUCUCCUUUCUUUCUCUCUCCCUUCCCUCCUUCCCUCCUUCCUUCCUUCCUUCCUUCCUUCCUUCCUUCCUUUUCUUUUUUUUUUUAACAAACACUUCUGUUUAAAAUGUAAUAAUCAGAAAAAUGUAAAAUAAAGCAUAAAAUAUAUUGCAUUUGGCAUUUUGUGUUUAUAAAGAUAUUAAUGCAACCAUGAGACUUGUGGUCUAUAAGUCACGAAAACCUCUGGCAUUUCUCUAGCGCAGUGUUUGUCAUACUCUAGUCUCCAGCUUAGAAGCAUCAAACAUCACCAGAGAACUUGUUAGAAAUGCUAAUUAUUAAUCUUCCCUCCCCCCAGGCCUGACAAAUCAGAAUGUCCUGAGGCAGAGCCCAGCAGUGUGGGGUUUAACCAGUCCUCAGGGGGUUCUGAUGUAUUCUUGGAAGAACCACUGCUCCAGAAUUCCAAAUUACUGCAAGCACUACAUAAUGCCUCGUGUGAAGGCCCACCACAGAACCUGUCUUACUGCACAUACAGCAAAAAAUUAUCUUUGUACCAUCCUAAUGUACAGACUAAUUAUACACAGAAUAUAAUGUAAAGUCCAUAGUUAAGUACUACACUUACUGGAAAAACAGGUGGGAAUAUAUAAUUAAUUCUGAAGGUGUAGAAAACUUUCAUAGAGAAAAAUAACAUAUUAGACAAAAACACAAAUUACACGUGUUUUCCAUUUCUUCCUUGAAUUCCUGUGAACCAAUACAACAUAUGUGGUCAAAGAGUAAUGGUAUAGGACUCAGAAAGUCCUUCCUCAACUUCCUAAUGGCAUACGUUGUGUGAGUUUUCUAUAAAGAACCAAAUUAUUCAAAAAUUUAUGAAACCCUUAUUAUGUUCUUCCCAUUAUUUUACAUAAGGUAUUUUCAGGAUAUGAAAAGAAACAAAAAGAAGCCUGUUUCUCAGAAGUGUAUAUCUACUUGAGCAGAUAAGACAUUUACAAGACUAAAACAGAGGAAGAUACAAAAUGAUGAAGAUAUAGUGACUUCAUUGCAAUUAACUAUUUUCAUGAAACAUCAGCGGUGUUAGAUUUAUAAAUAAGGCUUUUAGAAACUUUAAACAUAUAUAUACCUUUCUUGAUUUUAUAGAGGAAGGGAGAGAUAGAAACAUCAAUAGAGAAUCAUGCCCCCAUGGGGGACUAAGCCCACAACCCAGGCAUAUGCCCUUGGCCAGAACUGAAUCUGGGACCCUUCAGUCUACGGGGUAACGUCUGUCCUAUCCACUGAACCAAGCAAGCAUCUAAGGCUUAGAAACUGUAAUUCUGACUUUUUAUUGUCUGAAAGCAAUGUUUCCUUAAUACUUGCCAAUAUUAAUGUGUGUUUAGCUCACUAGAUGGCAUCUUUUCUCUUUCAGAAUCAGAAAUUUGAAAACCUAUUUUUAUUUGUUAAAUAAAGUUUAUCUUUGAAAAUAAAUGGGAAUGAAGCAAAUUUGUUUUUAGAAAGUUUCUUUUUUGUUUUAACUAAAACACCAGAACUUGUGCAUCCAAAUAUAUUGUCCUUGUAAGAAAUUAGCUUGA